GAAAAUGACGCCAAAUAUAUUUGAAAUAACAUAAGAAGUACAUUUUUAUCACAUAAGGUCAUUUUGUAAUUGAUGCAACUGGCAACUCACUUCAGAGUGUUACUUGUAAAACUGAAGUAGAGGAUAAUAUUUAUGUACAUGACAAAAUAUCCAGAAUGCAGAAGCGAAUAACAGGAAAAACCAACUCAUAAAACUGACAUGUCUAAAUUAGAAACACUCAUCUCCAUACGUGCCCCCUUAAAGAUAAUCCUCAGGAGUCUCUGAUUCACAUUUUUGUCCUUUACAACCUUCCCUCCCAUAUGCAUUACCUUCUUAGACACAAAGAAUGAAAAACCUUCUGCUGUUAAAAAUACUACUCAUGCCAUUUUCAGUAAUACCGCUCACAUAAUACAUUUAUAAAAAUUUUUAGUUUACUUAGGAUGACACUGCUCUUGUUUAACACCAAUUCAAAAAUGGGCACAAGAACUAAAGAAGCAGCUCUCCAAUGAAGGCACACAAAUGGCAAAAAGGCACAUGAAAAAGUGCUCUAUAUCACUACUUUUCAGAGAAACGCAAAUCAAAACUACAACAGGGUAUCACCUGACACCAGUCAGAAUGGCCAUCAUUCAAAAGUCCACAAACGAUAAAUGCUGGAGAGGCAAUGGUGAAAAGGGCACCCGCAUACACUGUUGGCGGGAAUGUAUCUGGUACAGCCAUUAACGAAAACGGUAUGGAGAUUCCUCAAAACACUAAAAAUAGACUUACUAUAUGAGCCAGCAAUCCCACUCCUGAGCAUAUAUCCAGAGGGGGCUCUAAUUCGAAAAGAAACCUGCACCCCAACGUUAAUAGCUGGACUAUUUACAAUAGCCAAGACAUGGAAACAACCUAAAUGUCCAUCAAGAGGUGACAAGAUAAAGAAGCUGUGGUAUACUUAUAUAAUGGAAUACUACUCAGCCAUGAAAAAGAAUAAAAUCAUGUCAUUUGCACUAACAUGGAUGGCCCUGGAGAAUGUCAUUCUAAGUGAAGUAACCCAGAAAGAAAAAAAAAUACCGUAUGAUAUCACUGAUAUGUGGGUUCUAAAAAAGAAAAGGGAAAAAUGACCUUGUUUACAAAACAGAAACACACUCACAGACAUAGAAAACAAACAUAUGGUUAUCAGACUUGGGAACUGAAUGGGAAGGGAUCAACCGGGAGAUCGAGAUUCGCAGAUAUGAAGUGGUACAUAUAAAACAGAUAGGCAAGGUUACACUGUAUAGCACAGGGAACCAUACUUGUUACCUUGUAGCACGUUACGGAGAAAAAGAAUAUGAAUAUGAGUAAACGUAUAUUCGUGUAUGACUAAAGCACCUGCUGUAAACCAGAAACUGACACAACAUUGUAAAUUGACUAUACUCCAAUUUAAAAAAAAAAUAAAGUAAAUUGCCUAGAGAGCCACACACCACGUAUGCUGCCACUCUGUAAGGCGGAAGGAACUUCCGGUUCUUGCUUUCCUGCCAGAGCCCUGCAGGGAAAGUCUCCCCACACCCACCCAGGCCCACCUGCCCGCUGCCCUCUGCCCCUCCCCCACUACAGAGUGUCCUGAGCCUCACAUUCUACUGUUUAAAUUCAAACUUCACCUGCCUUUGCUUGAAUUCCGAGCAUCUGCUGGAGCAGUUAACUCACUCUCUGGGUCCUCGUCUGCAUUUCUCUCAUUGAGGCUACCAGGCAGCGCUGGUCUGUGCCCACGUCUGUGGGAAUGGCUUUACAAAGAGCAUCUCCACUGCUGGGAACGGAUGUGCUCAUGAGCACUGGUGCCUCCGUGUCUCCAUUCACGGCACUUCCCUUUCCCCCACCCGCUCCUGGCCCCCAACACCGGCCACCCUGGGAGCAGCACCUGCCACCUUCCUUGACCCCAUCGUUCCCUCCUGGCACCACCCUGCUGCUGCCAGCUUUCCCCACGACACCUUUGGUGGCUACUGGUGGCCAAGUCCCCAUUGCCACUGGGCCUUGCAACAUCCCUGUCUACGCAAGAUCAGAAGGGAGGCCAACAGAGUUCCCUCCGAUGCAGAGCUUCGUUCUCCCUCCAGGAACUGUCACCUGGGGUGCACCAGGGGCCCUCAGUGGGACUGCUACUUGCCCUGCUCCCCUGUCCUUAGCACCCCAAGUGACCACCCCAGCUGUCGGGGUAACUCAGGCUGGCACGGGAGGCUGGGCCCCCGGCCGUCCCUCUCAAGCUCCACCACCACCUGUACAGCUGGCCCCCAGCGUGGCCCCCAUCAACACUGGGCCACGGCCACCUGGCGCUUCCAGGGAGGGGAGUCUGGCCCCCUCCCAGUCUCAGCCACCUCAGGAUGACUCCUUUAGCUGCAACGACAUCUACAAGCACUACCGACGUUGGCAGCGCUUCAAGAGCCUGGCCCGGAGGCACCUUCCCCAGAGCCCUGACGCACAAGCUCUCUUCUGCUUUGUCAUCCCAGUGCUUCGGUCCCUGGCCCGACUCAAGCCCACCAUGACGCUGGAGGAGGGACUGCGGCGGGCCGAGCAGCAAUGGGAGCGCACAAGCAACUUCGACCGCAUGAAUUACUAUGAGAUGGCGGCAAAGUUCAAGGAGAUUGAGGCUGAGGAUGAAAUGCAGCCUCAGCACUUGCAGUGCACGAAGGGGGUGCAGGGCCUGCCUCCUCCAGCCCCACCGAAGCUGGAACCGUGGGGGCCCCCGGCCCCAAAGGUGGGCCCACAGCCAGGCACUCACGUGCCCACUGGAGCUGAACACAAAGCCUGCGUGCCCAGGAAGGCCAGCCCCACGGCCAAAACCAACCACCCACAGCCAGACAGAUCCCGGCAGCCCCCAGAGACCAAGGAGCCCAAGGAGAUUCCCCUUGAGGCUCUCAGCGAGUAUGAGGACAUCUUGGAGGAGCUGCUGGGGCCUGUCCUCUCAGCCACUUGGGAGCCAGAAGCAGCAUGCCCUGAGGACGGGACCUACCCGGACCCGGGUCUCCUGAGCUACAUGGACCAGCUGUGUUCCCAGGAAGACUUUGUCACCAAGGUGGAGGACAUCAUUCACCCUCAGUUCCUGGAGGACUUACUUUCCCCAGAGUCACAGCUGGAUCCCUUGGCACUGGCUGAGGAGUUAGAACAGGAGGAAGGACUCACCCUUGAAGAGCUGGUGCAGAAACCACUCCUGACCCUGAACGAGGAGUUGGGCGAGUCUGAUGUCACCCAAGAUGCCCAGAGGCAUGACCACGGCCCCCAGCUAGGGGUCAGCGAUGAAGAAAGCCCACCAGAGACUGAGUUCAAGCAACUUGCGACGAGCAGCGGAACAGAGAGUGGCCUCCUCAGACCCAAACUCUAUAUCCACUCUCCAGGACAUGAGGCUUUCCCUACAUCCCAGGCUGGACAGCCCCUCUCUCCUCCCCAGGGUCAAAGGCACACUGCACCGAGCCUGGGACCCAGGGACACCUCAACUGUCAGAGAGACCUCUCCUCUUAGGGAGGACGCAGGGCCAGGGCCAGGGCCAGGGCCAGGGGAUGGGUCCAGGGAGAACAAGGAGGAGGUUCCCAGUCUGGACUUUAUCUUGGCCACUCAGUACUGCCUCAUGCCCUGGGGAGGGAAGUCCCACAGCUCUGCCCCAGGGCCCUUGAGAUUUCUCUGCCCUGGAGUUCAGGGGGCUCGCCAAGGCCCCUCCCCUCAGAGGAUCGGACCUAGCGCAGCUCCUCCACCAGCUGCCAAGCCUAGGAAGCGGGAUCUGUGUGGAGGCCAGGGGUCUGAUGACAAGCUGCCCCAGCCCAAGCCUGACCUCGGGCUCUCUGGGACGCCAGCCUUGCCUCCGGGGCUGGUGCGCCCCUCACAACCAAAAAUGAGGAGGUGUGACCCAUUUGUUGGAGGGAGUGGGAGGAGGAGGAGAAAGAGGCACUGCAACAAGUAAUAAGCCUCCAGUGCCAGGUCCCCAGGGGACCUUAGGGGCUCUUCCUCAUCCAGUGCUGAGCCUGCUGAUGUACAGGACAGGGAGGGGGGCAGGGAGGGAGUGCGGGACCAUGAGGGCCAGGGUGCGGUGGGGUGGGGUGGUGGCAGUUGGAGGGUGGGGGAGGUGGGUCUGGGCGGAUGUGGCUGGGAGCAGCACCUUGGGGUGAUAUAUUUUAAAUGGGAAUAAAAAUACUUUUGUUUGCAAAUG